CGAACCAUCGCCGACAAAAGCUCGCCACGGACCAUUGCCGACAAUAGCUCACAGACCACCUUAGAAAAAACAUCAAGGUUAGGGUUUAGAAAGUUCUCUGUUCAAUUUGCCAUAUUGAUCGCUCGGUUUUCAUAGUAGCUGCCGAAUAUAAGAAAACGAGAUAGACUCCAUGUCUCAAUGAUUCUCCCUGAUUCAAGUUGAACCUAACAUCCGGUCUUCCUCCUCUCCGGCCACAAACUAUUGCUGUUGUCGGCGAUGGUCCGUGGUGGUGCAAAGGAAAAGAUGAGAAGACAAAGGGAGGGAUUGGGUGUGAUGUGAUCUUUUGGAUUUUGCUACGGAGGACACGUGUCAUUGUUUUAAGGGUGGGAUAGAGAAGGGAGACAGGCAUAUUCGGACAGGGGAUCCGAAGCCCCCAAUACGCGCUACAACUGAACAGAGCCCGAGCUUCUAGGGUUUCUCCUGUCUGGGAAUUUGAAUUCGGAGGAACAUGAUGGAAGAAGGAGAAGAUGGAGGAGCUACUGCUGCCGUAAGGCAGUUGCAAGAAUCUAUAGUGUCCAACCCUGACGACCCCGGCCCCCAUUUUAACCUCGGAGUUUUAUUGUGGGAGAAUGUGAAAGAAUCAAAAGAAACCAGAGAAAAAGCAGCAGAGCAUUUUCUGAUUUCGGCCAAGUUGAACCCUCAUAAUGGCACUGCGUUUAGAUAUUUGGGUCAUUACUACAGUAGAGUAUCCAUGGACCACCAGAGAGCUCUCAAGUGUUACCAGAGAGCUGUCACCCUCACUCCCGAUGACACAGAAUCUGGGGAAGCAUUGUGUGAUUUGUUGGAUGAAGGAGGAAAGGAGAGCCUUGAGGUUUCUGUCUGCCGGGAAGCUUCUGACAAGUCGCCAAGGGCCUUUUGGGCUUUCAGAAGAUUGGGAUACCUUCAGAUCCAUCGAAAGAAAUGGUCUGAAGCAGUACCCAGUCUUCAGCAUGCUAUUCGAGGCUAUCCUGCCUGUGCUGAUUUGUGGGAAGCUUUGGGUCGAGCCUACCAGCGGUUAGGAAUGUUUACCGCAGCUAUCAAGUCAUAUGCGCGUGCAACUGAAUUGGACAGCUCAAGACUCUUUGCCUUGGUUGAAAGUGGAAAUAUUAAUCUGAUGCUUGGUUCCUUUAGAAAGGGAGUUGAGCAAUUUCAACAAGCUUUACUGAUCUCGCCUCAAAAUGUAUCUGCACAAUAUGGCCUUGCUUCUGCACUGCUUGGUUUGUCCAACGAAUGUAUAAACUCAGGUGCAUUUAAAUGGGGAGCUUCACUCUUAGAGGAGGCAUCUAAUGUUGCAAGAGCAGGUACCUGCUUAGCUGGAAAUAUUUAUUGUAUCUGGAAGUUGCACGGAGAUAUCCAGCUUGCGUAUGCAAAUUGUUUACCAUGGACUGAGGAAGGCCAGAGCUUUGAAAAUGAUCACGAAGCUAUGAGAACUUCCAUCCUUUCCUGGAGAACAACCUGUCAAUCAGCUGCAGUUUAUGCCUGUAGUUCCUACCAGCGCGCUUUGCACUUGGCGCCGUGGCAAGCAAAUAUCUAUACUGAUAUUGCUAUUGCUUCAGAUCUCAUUUGUUCUUUCAAUGAGUGUACUAAACAGGACCAUAAUGUGUGGCAGCUAGCGGAGAAGAUGUCCUUGGGGGGCUUGUUGCUUGAGGGUGACAACUAUGAGUUCUGGGUGGUGUUGGGAUGCUUAUGUGGUGGUAGUGCUUUGAGACAACAUGCUUUUAUACGGGGCUUGCAGAUAGAUGUAUCUCUAGCUAUUGCAUGGGCAUACCUUGGAAAGCUUGGCAUGCUUGGUAAAUUGUCCUGCCAAUCUUGCAGCAGGUAUCUAAACGUUUUGCUUUUCCAGCUCUAUAGAGAAAAGGAUGACACGCGAUUGGCCAUGCAAGCGUUUGAUCGUGCUAGAAGCAUAGAUCCUUCGCUUGCACUACCAUGGGCAGGCAUGUCAGCUGAUAUUUAUGCUAGGGAGAUGACCCCAGAUGAGGCAUAUGAGAGCUGUUUACGAGCUGUGCAGAUACUACCGCUUGCGGAGUUUCAAAUUGGUCUAGCAAAGCUUGCAAAACUUUCAGGUCGCCUUUCAUCUUCACAGGUAUUUGGAGCUAUCCAGCAGGCCGUGCAACGGGCACCCUACUAUUCUGAGUCCCACAAUAUGAAAGGGCUGGUUUGUGAGGCACGGUUGGAUUAUCAAACUGCUUCUGCCUCUUUCAGACUAGCACGUUGUGCAGACAGUUCUUUUGCGGGCAAAGUUUCAAAAUCCCAUAUUGGAGAUGUAUCAAUUAAUUUAGCAAGAUCACUUUUUCAGGCUGGUAAUGCUCUUCAUGCUGUACAGGAGUGUGAAGAAUUAAACAAAGAAGGUUUGCACAUAUAUGCUCUUUCUUUAUGGAAACUUGGAAAGAAUGACCUGGUUCUUUCCAUAACGAAAGAUCUUGCUGCACAUGCUUUGUCCAUGAAACAGCCAUCCAAGGAUGCCUCUGUUAUUUUGAUCUGUAGAUUGCUGUACUACAUCUCAGGACUGGAAUCAGCAGCUACUAGCAUUUUAAAAAUGCCCAAAGAAUUAUUUCAAAGUUCGAAAAUUAGUUUUGUAGUAUCUGCCUUCCAUGCACUAGAUCAAUGUAAUCUGCUGGAGUCAGUGGUUUCAAGCAGUCGCCGCUAUGUUGUAUCUAAUGAAGAGAUAACCAGAAUGCACUUCUUGAUAGCACUUGGUAAACUUGUCAAACAGGGAUCUAUGGGGUGCCUCGGAAUUGAAAGUGGACUAAAACAUCUUCGAAAAGUUCUUCACAUGUACCCUAGCAGUGAUUUAAUAAGGAAUCUGCUUGGUUAUCUCCAACUCUCUUGUAAGGAAUGGAAAGAUCCCCACAUUGCAAGCAGAUGCUUCAUAAUAGGUCCUUCGAGGGGCCUGGAUGAAAAGGGUUUAAAAUCUGCAUAUGAUAUCCUUGGUGCCGGUGCGGUUGCUUGUUAUGCUUCUCAAAACUACAAGAAAUUUGCUGUUCCAACCUGUAAAUGCCAGUUCAUGCAUGAAACAAGAGCCAUCCGGCAACUUCAGAUGCAGUUACAUCAAGAACCGUGGAACCAUAAUGCUCUAUACUUGCUUAUACUAAAUUAUCUACAGAAGGCUUGUGAGGAGAGGUUUCCACAACAUUUGUGUGAUAUACUUGGGCGGCUAAUUAAGGUGGCUCUUUCAGAUCAAUUACGCUCAAAGAAAGAUAUGUCUUCUCAAUAUCAAACGUUCCAACUUCUACUUUGCUCCUCUGAGAUAAGUUUGCAAGGUGGAAACCACAUUGGCUGUAUCAACCACGCGAAAAGUGCCUCUGGAUUUUUGCUUCCCAACCAUUAUCUCUUUUUCGCACACUUGCAAUUAUGCCGUGCCUAUGCUGCAGAAGACAAUUUAUCAAACUUACAUGAAGAGUACACAAGAUGUUUGGAGCUCAAAACUGAUUGUCCAAUCGGUUGGAUAUGCCUGAAGUUAAUUAAAUCUCAAUAUGAACUACAGGCUGAUUCAAAUCUAUUGGAGAUGUGCUUUGAGAGUUGCUCAAAAGAGAUCAAGAAUUCAGAAAAUAUGUGGAUGGCUAUAUUUAGUUUGGUGCAGGGCCUGAUUGCUGUAUGGACCAAUGAUUUCAUUUGCGCAGAAGAGUUACUUGCACAAGCCUGUUCGUUAGGUGGUGCUGAGAGCUGCCUCUUUCUCUGUCAUGGUGCCAUCUGUAUUGAGCUUGCCAGACAGCUUUUUGAUUCCCAGUUCAUAUCCCUUGCUGUUAGAAGUCUCAAGAAAGCUAAAGAGGCAUCCGUGAUAUCCUUGCCCAUUGUCUCACUUCUAUUGGGUCAAGCAGAAGCUAGCAUUGGCUCGACGGUGAAAUGGGAGAAAAACCUUCGUCUUGAAUGGUUUUCUUGGCCACCAGAGAGGAGGCCUGCAGAACUGUUUUUUCAAAUGCAUUUGCUUUCAAGAGAGUCUAAAGAUGGUUCUGGCUCUUCAUCUAGUGUGGAGUUCUGUCAAGACCCUCGGAGCUGGAUUCUUCGGGCCAUACAUUUGAACCCUUCUUGUUUGAGAUAUUGGAAAGCGUUGCAGAAGUUAACGGAAUGACUUCAACACUUUCCCAAUGUAAAAUUUGGUCCACCAGUUAUGGAUUCAUUGAAAAGUUUGGUUGAACAAUCGACUUCGAAUUUCUCAGGUGCCAAUAGGCAUCUUGUGUGCUGAUGACAACUACCAAAGCGGCACAGAAAAAGGAGAAGCUUACCAGGAAAUUUUUUUUUAGGUAUAAUGAAGGCAUUGGUCUGCAGCGGCACUUGGCAAGGAUGCCAUUGUAACGUGCAAUUGACCUAAAUGAAGGUUAUUCAGUUGGCCUCUGGUGAUGUGUACAAGUUGUUUUUCUAAUUGUUACAACUAGAGAGAGAGAGAGAGAACUGGGUGUUCCAUAUUGUUUGCUCGAGAUGUGAAGCUAUUAUUUCUUUAUCUGGCGUUUUUCUUUUCAGUUUCUUUGGGGCGUUGUCAUGUUCCAUGUGUUAUUAGAGGUUGUGUUAACCAAUGAUCCAGUGCUAUUCAGUUUAAUUCAGACCGGUCUUUCACAA